AUGUCAGACCCCGCACAAACAUCACAAGAGCAAGCGCCAGGUCAAGGGCCCAGGACCAUUGACCCUGCGCGCUUGAAGGCCAUGAAGGAGGGCGUGGAAGCGAAGUAUGCCGGAACACAAGAGGCUCUCGAGCGUAACAAGCAAGCCGCUGAAGAAGAUAGUGGAGAGCGCAAGGGAUUGCGAGCCAAGCAUAUGGAAGGGAUUGUGAAACAUCAUGAUGACUGA